CACAUCGAAGCAAGGCUGCAGGGACACUAGAAGCCAGCAACUAAGCCCUGAAACUGCAGCUCCUGGACUACUAGGCCACAAUUCGUCCAGGGGUUGUUCCAAUCUAUAGCCACAGUACCGACCGCACUGCCGACCACACCGGCGGUCGGCCGUGCGACAGCAUGCCCCAGGGUUUUUGCCACAAGUGCUCUGAGGACGUGGACUGCGAAGCCACCGAGACGGGUGACUUCCGCUGUUUGAGCUGCAACAGCUCGGGCUAUGUGGUGGCCGACGCAGGAGAUGCCGACGACGCGGAAGGCGCCAGCUCCCAGGGCCGCUUGGAUCCCUCGCUGGGGCGCCGACCCUCGCUGCCACCCAUGCUGCGGAACGGCGAGGCCAUGGUCUCGGCCAUUCGGCACUUCGUUCAGGGCGUCGCAGGUGGCUUGGAGGAACCCUCCGGAUCUGGACUCGAUGGCAUCCAGCGGAAUAUUUUGGGCGCUGUGGCCAAUGGAGUUCAACGAGUCAUCCACAACACCGAGGGCCUUUGCGAAGAGGAUCGUCAUUGGGUCCAGCGCCAGGGCUCCAACAUCUCAGCCCUGGCAUCAGGUGGCAUCAACAUUUUGCGACAAUCUGGACCUUUGGUCAACUUCUUAGAACGCCACCUGGGGCAAAACUGGCAGAGCCAGCAAUCCGGGCUGGAUGUAGGCGUCAUUUCCAAGUGGCUAGAUGAACGGCAAAUUCCAGCGGACAGCGUUUCACCCGGGAGUGGCUGCCCCUUGGGCUUAAAGCCCAACGAAUCCUGGACCUGCAGCAUUUGCCUGGCCGGGUGUGAGGUUGCUCUGGAGCAUCAAGGUACAGCAGAUCAAGAAAUUUGCCUACUUUGUGACAGCGAUGGUCACAGCUGGCACGUCUUCCACAAGCUUUGUGCCAAAGAAUGGUUGCAACGUUCGGCCACCUGUCCUCUUUGCCGGCGAGACCUGCACAUCUCCUGAAAAAGCCGCCAGUUGCGCGCAACGCGGAGGGUGUGGAGGCUGUCUCGGAGCGCUGCCGAUCUCAUGGCAAUGACUUGCUA